GAGAACAUGGGGUGUUGGGACCCGGCCCCAUAGUGUUGUAUUGUGAGACAAAAGAGAGAGAGAGAGAGAGAAGUGUAGGCCCCACACACCGCCCAUGCGCACGCUGUCUUACCAAAACUAAACCCAUCAUCGACCCGAUGCCUCGACCUAACCCUAACCCAACAACACUAUACCCAAAAACCAAAAAGCUCAAAAGGAGACCCAAUAAACUCUAUCUUUCUGUUUCUCUCUCUCUCUCUCUCUCUCUCGCUUUCUCUAUUGCCUUUCCCCUUCUCUCGUUCAUUUUCUCCCAAACCUUUAACCAGCAGCAUCAGUUCAUCUCUUUCAUUCGACACAAUCUCUCCUACCUUCUUCGCUCGCAUGAAGAUGGGCUUGAUUCAGCUAUUUGAUCUUAAUUUUGGUUUAAUUUUCCCUUAUGAUCUUUUGAACAUCAGUAGCAUUUAAUCUUUCCCCCUAAAAGAAGAAAGCGAGAAAGAAACACGAGGGAGUUUCAGUUUGGUUUUUCUCUCUUCCAAUUUAAUUAUUUUAGCUUGGCCUUUAUAUACUGAAAGAUAUAAUUAAUUAGGGUAAGUUUAGAAGAAAGAAGAAAGAGAUGGAUCCAGUUGCAGCACAUGGGCGUCCUCUUCCACCUCCUUUCCAUACGAGAGAUCUUCAUUUGCAUACUCAUCAUCAAUUUCAACACCACCAACAACAAAAUUCUGAAGAUGAACAAAGUGGUAACGGCAGCUUUAAUCGCGGUCAAAAGAGAGAGCACGAUGAGAUCACUACCGGCACCGCCAAUAACACUAGUGUCGAAGGUAAAGAACUAGUCCCUGCAAAUUCUGGAGGAGAAGGAGAGAUGGGUAGAAGACCUAGAGGAAGACCUGCCGGUUCCAAGAAUAAAGCUAAACCACCGAUCAUAAUCACCAGAGAUAGCGCCAAUGCCCUUCGAUCUCAUGUUAUGGAAAUCGCCAACGGUUGUGAUAUUAUGGAGAGUGUAUCAACUUUUGCAAGGCGAAGACAAAGAGGGGUUUGCAUUUUGAGUGGAACUGGAACAGUUACUAAUGUCACUCUUAGGCAACCGGCUUCUCCAGGAGCAGUUGUAACUUUACAUGGAAGGUUCGAGAUUUUAUCACUUUCAGGAUCGUUUUUGCCACCUCCAGCUCCACCAGCUGCCUCGGGGUUGACCAUAUAUUUAGCCGGUGGUCAAGGCCAAGUGGUUGGAGGGAGCGUAGUGGGUCCCCUUCUUGCAUCUGGGCCGGUGGUGAUUAUGGCAGCUUCUUUUGGUAAUGCCGCAUAUGAGAGGUUGCCGUUGGAGGAAGAUGAGGGACAGGUGGCUGUGGCUGGAAAUGGGCCUCUAGGGUCACCUGGAGCUGUCGGACAGCCGCAGCAACAACCACAACAGCAGCAGCAGACGCAGCAACAGCAACUAAUGCAAGAUCCAAAUCCAUCUCUUUUUCAAGGGUUGCCUCCUAAUCUACUAAAUUCAGUGCAACUUCCAGCCGAGGCCUAUUGGGGCACUGGUCGCCCUCCUUAUUAAUUAGUAACACAACAGAAACUGUGUUUCUUUCUCUUUUAUCUUUUGUUUCCUCACUUCUAAAUCUUCAAUCUUCAUUCUUCUUCUUCUUCCUCCUUUAAAAGUUAGGUUAUGUUUAAGAUGUUGAUGAUCAUGGUAUUCAACUGCCUUUGAUUGAAGAAGGAUGUACAAAUUUAUGAA